AUGGAAACAACAAACGAGCUUUCUGAACUUCCCCAUCAUACGGAUCGUAUCACUCUCAACCUCGCAUCAGGUUCCCCUGUGACCAAGUCAAUUUCUGGAUUUUCGUCCACUGUGUCCUCUCAUUUGGACCAUAUCUACAAAAGUCUGACCGCAUCUUCGAAGUCGAACUUCUUUGAAGAUGUCCAGCGCGAAUCUUACAGCUCAGAGUCUGUUGGCCAGAGGUCAGCAGACCCGCUCGCCUCUGCGGCAGCGUUCCAUACGUAUAUGGCCAGUCCAGCAUCUUCUGCAUUAUGCCCCGCCGAAAAACCGGAUCUUUCUGCGCCCAUUACCGACUACUUUAUCUCCUCAAGUCAUAAUACUUACCUAACCGGUAAUCAGCUAUACAGUGACGCAGCUGCAAGUUCCUAUACCAAUGUCCUUCUCAGCGGUUGCAGAUGUGUCGAAAUUGACGUCUGGGAUGGGGAACCGGAUGAUUAUAGUGACGAUGGUACCAGCAGUAGCAGUAACAGUAGCGACUCCAGCUCCGACGAAGAGAAGGUUGCUCGCCGUAAGAAGAAAGCAAAGCCCGAAAAGAAAAGACACCGACACCUGAAUUCUAUUUCAUCUAAGCUAGGGAGCUGGCUGGGUCGUGACUCGUCUUCCGAAGAAGUACCACCGACUAUAGAGUGCGUUUCCGAUGCUGCAAUCCCAGUGCCGUCAAGCCCCGAGCCCAAAGUACUCCAUGGUCACACGCUCACGAAGGCGACUACGUUCCGACAUGUUUGCAACGCCAUCCGUGAUAGUGCUUUCGUGGUGAGUGACCUCCCCGUUAUUGUUAGCCUGGAGGUGCAUGCGUCUCUCGAGCAGCAGCGGGCCAUGGUGGAGAUCAUGGAGGAGACCUGGAAAGGGAUGUUGGUGGAAGUCACACCCGAGAUAGAAGCCACCCAGGCACUUCCUGCGCUAGAGGCUCUGAAGAGGAAGAUCCUGAUUAAAGUGAAGUAUGUAAUACCGACAAGCGAGGGGGAGGAGGACGCGGUGGAUGAUCACACGGAUGAACUGGGGCUUUCGGAGUUACAGCCCAGUCAGGGCGAAUCCAGUACCUUGGCUACCACCAGCAAUACGUCCGACCCACCACCGCACAAGCCCUCGAAGAUCUUACACGCUCUCAGCAAGUUAGCCGUUUUCACUAAAGGAUUUCACUUCAGCCAUUUUACGCAGCCAGAGGCCAAAGUCCCCGGGCACGUGUUUUCUCUUUCGGAGAAUGCGGCCCAGGCGGCGCAUGCGAAAGAACGGGACGCUCUGUUCGAGCACAACCGCCACCAUUUCAUGCGAGUCUACCCAGCCGGGUUGCGCAUUAAUUCCUCCAAUCUCGACCCGACUUUGUUCUGGCACUGUGGGGCCCAGAUUGUCGCAUUGAACUGGCAAAGUCUGGACAAAGGGAUGAUGCUAAAUCACGCCAUGUUUGACGGUGAGCAAGGCUGGGUGCGCAAACCGCUAGGUUAUCGCGGGACCGACGCAUCAGAAGGGAAGGAUAUCAUACGUCGUCAGCUCGAUCUUACAAUUGAGGUUCUCGCAGGCCAAGAUAUCCCACUCCCCCAUGGCGUUACUAAUGAAAAGGGGUUCCAUCCCUACGUCAGCUGUUCUUUGCAUGCCGAAGUGCCAAGCGAAGAGACGGGAUCAGCACAAGCAGAUGGUGACACCGAUUCCGACAAAGCAAGCUACAAGCGUACAAUCAAGAGUGCCUCCGGAGUUAAUCCGGAUUUCGGCGGACAGAAGCUUCAGUUUCCCACUAUAUCAGGAAUAAUAGACGAAUUGACAUUUAUCAGGUUUAAAGUCAAAGACGAUCAAUUCGGGCGUGAUCCAAUGGCCGCCUGGGUUUGUAUCAAAGUCGACCGACUACAAGCGGGCUAUCGUUUGAUCCACCUCUAUGACUGCACAGGCUCUGCAUCUAAUGGUGUCCUGCUAGUCCAUAUCAUGAAAGAUAUUUCCUAG